GAUGAGGGAAGGAGGCGGCCACUGUGCAAGGUCAAGGGGUUUUUUUUUUACGCACAGUUGCCGCCUUCUUGUUGACCGCACAACAUGAGCUACGGUUUUAUUUGUUUGCGAUGUUGUGGUGCAGUUUGUGAAUCUGGCUAUAAAAAACUGAAGGAAUAGUGAGAGAGAUAUGUGCAGUUGAUCUCCAGAGAGGGAGCUGAGCAUGGCUCUGGAGAGCGCGUCACUCCUGAAAGUGGGACUGGUGUUGUUGUUGGCAGCUCAAGUCCUGCCUUCGGUGUCCGCCUGUAAUGGAGGUUUCUACGAGAGGAUGAUCAAUGAUUUUUGCCUGGCUAAGUUCAGGUUGGACAUGGCAGGACUGGACCCUGGCCUGUGGUGUAGCUGGCCCCCUACCACAGAGAUCUACGAAGGUCUUACAAACUGCACCUACCAGGUGGCCUUGAAGGUGGACUGCUUCUGGCCCAAUCAGGUAGUGGAUCGCUUCUUCAUGCAGGUUCAUCGGGUCUACUUCCACGACUGCGCCCUGACCGGCCGGCUCCUCCACGACCCGCCCAUCGCCAUCCUCGCCCCGUUCAUCGCAGUGCCAGUCCUGAUCACGCUGCUCAUGACUGCCCUGGUGGUGUGGAGAAGUAAACGCACAGAGGGGGUUUUAUAAAGUCUGGGUUUUGGAUGGAUGGACUCAUUACAGACAGAAGCAAAGCAUUACAAUGUUUUUUUUUUUGUUAAUUUGUUUAAUAAAUGCACUUACUCACUGUUAUUCACCAUAUCAGCUGACAUUUUCCCCCAACAUCACUGAAAGCUGAAAUGUACUGCUGUGCUUUUGUUUUUGUAUGACAAUUGGUUAGAUGUUGCACAGCAAAAGCUUAAGUUAGUGUUAAAUAACUUCCUUGAUAUCAUUUGCACUUGAUUGGGUUACAGGAUAAGAUAGGAAAGGUGCAAUUUCAAGAAAGCAGUUAGCUGGCAAGCGGAUGUUUUUGCUUGUUUUCAUGAAAUUCGUUUUUAGCAUUAGCAUUUGAUUGAGUUACAGGCUUACUUUCUGGCUAGCAGUAAUAUAAGCUAACAAAUAAUGUCAUCUAGCUGGUUAGACAGUAGCUCUUUUGUUCACUAGCAAAAUGCUUGCUUGAAAUGUGUUGAAUUUGUUCCUAGAUAACCUUAUCAUUUGAUUAUGUUGCAGGGUAAAUACAGUAUCCUAGCUAGCAGUAGGUUAAUGUUUGUUAGCAAACAGAAACUUUUUUUUCCCCUUUCUCUUUCAUACUUUAUUAAUCCCUUGCUAGCUUACAGUAUUGUUUGCUAGCAAGCUGCUGGCUUUGCAUGUGUUGAAUAUGUUCAGAGAUAACAUUUGAUUGUGAUGAUACAAUAAAAGGUGUCAUUUCUAGCAAGCAGAAAUGUUAGCUAGCUGUCAGGAAAGUUAUCAAGCUAAUAGUGUUUUUUGCUGGCCAACUGUUGUGCUUUUUUCUUGAAAUGUGUUGCACGCUAACAUUAGCUGUUGUGAGCUUGCUUUACAUACCAAACAAACAUUUUAACUUCAAUGUGACCAGAAACUCCUCAAGAUUUGUAUGAUCCAUUAUCCAGUAAGUUGAUUAUAAAUGAAGGAGCAUUCAAAUGAUGGCUGCUUCCCAUGCAACAUGUGGGUGUGACUUCAGAGUAAAAUGGCCACUUUGUAAAUUUUGUGCAUUAGAUGAAAAACUGACUGCAGCUGUUUGACCUAACUGUAAUAAUAUGUAAUAAAAUCUCUAUUUGGUAUAAAAUGAGAA